AUGUCAACGCAUUCAGCUCGUGGAUCUUCGUUAGCUAAUUUUAUGCGAGCAGCUGAACGUGAUGAUGUAUUACUAUAUGUUACUGCAGCGGUUGGUAUUUUUAUGCCCGGUUGUGUAUAUAUGCUUUAUCAGUAUGCUCAUAAAUUAUACACUGAAUAUGUUGAGAAGCGUGAACUGCGGAAACGAGAAGAAGAGUUAGAGAGUAAAGUGGUGACAAUAUUUUAUGCUGAAGGACGAGGAAAUGUUGAAGAAUUGGCUCAUUAUAUUGGUGCACAUUUGGAGUACGAAGGAUUACCAGUGGUUAAUUUAGCUGAUAUUGAAACGGCAGCUUUCAUGAAAUACAGGGGUGUUGGUUUAUUCCUGAUGGACUGUACACUUGAUGGAAAUGAGACGGAGAGUACUGAAUGGUUUUUGGAAUUUCUAGAAGAUCUUGCAUUCGAUCAAAAAGCGACCAAUUUACCAUGCCGACAAAUGCAUUUCGCUGUUCUUGGUAUUGGUGAUUCACGUAGCGGUCACAAACAAUAUUAUCGAGUCGCGAGAGCUUUAACAAGGCGAUUAAAUUCCAUCGGAGCUGUUGCUCUUUGUCCAUUGUGUUAUAUUUGUAGUCACUCGAAUACAGGAUUAGAGAAGCAAGCAGCAAUUUGGGCAUCUCGUAUAGCGAAAGCACUGGAUAAGUACGAAACAAAAAAUACGAAAUGUUCACGAAGUUUUUGGUACUACAAUAAUGAAAGUAGCAGUAGUAACAGUGAUACGGAUGAUAAUGAUGCUGAUGGACAGAAAUUUCUUUCUAAUCAUGUAGACUAUCUCUACGAAUCAGAUGAUGCUGAUGGAGAUGACUAA